GAAGUUGGAGUUAGUAUUGGAUUGUGUUUCUUCCUUGGAAAUGCAGUAGCUGGAGCUAUGUAAGUCUGCAUUAACAUGCCAACUACUUGAUGGUGGCCUUCCUAAGAUUUCUGUUUCUCCAAGCUUCGUUUUGGCCAAAAGGUUUCGUGAUAUCGUAUUCUAGACUUUCUACUGCACCUAUUUGCCUAGAAAUGCUAGUUUUCUUCUUGUUACUGCAGUUAUAUGUAAUAAAAUUGGGUGGAAUAUUGGUAGAAUAGGCACCAAACUAUCCGGGAUUGAAACCCUCAUGUUAGUAACUUUGCAUGUGUCGAGGGAUAAUAAAAUAUCCGUGCCUCGCAACAGUACAAUUCUCAUAUGUGAUUUAUUUGAACACGGGGAUACGCUCGGGGUACCAGGGAUCUCGCGACACAGGUUUACCCAGGUUGGUAAAGGCCCAAUGGAAGUCGUGCCGACACCAGACACGCAUGACAUUGUGGUCAUGCUGUACCACUUCUCCCACGGGUUGGGCUUACUGUUCUCCGAGUUCACCUCCGAGGUGCUCAGGUUCUACCGGGUGCAGUUGGUGCAUCCAUUGCCCAACUCCAUCCUCGCACUUGCCAUCUUUGCACACUUGUAAGAGACGUUUCUGGGCAUCUUGCCCAGCCUUAACCUCCUUCAGAACUUCUUCGUGAUGAAGAGAUUUGUCAAGGACAAACUUCAAGUCAUCUACAGCUGCAGCAUGUGUCUGGUGAACAAGAAGGCGAUCAAGUACAUCGACAUGCGCCUAAGGGAUUCGCAGGACUCAUGGUCUCGAAGGUGGGUAGUCGCUACGUGCACGGGUAAGGAACCUGCAUCCCGCGACGUGGCCCCUUAAAAGGCGAAGGCCUGGACCAAGUGGCUCGACAACGCUGAAUUUCUCCAACAGAUGGCGAGGGAGAUUGCUGUGUUCAAGAGCCGCAGCCUUACGGGCUACCAUGUCGCGGAUAAUUUCAUCCGCCGGCAGCUAUCUCCACUCCGAGUUAGGACUUCUCUUGCGUGGGUGCAUCCCGCGGGCCAAGAACCCGACCAUGAAGGCUAUCUUCCCUUGGAGGAGGCAGCUAUUCGCAGGUAUGUGCUGGGAGCUGUAGAAACCUUUUUGGAUGCUGUUCCUUCUGCUGGAUUUUUUCAAGAGAAGGUCACCGUGAUCGACAAUGCAGUAGGUAGUGCAACUACUAUAUCAACACCAAGCUUGCAUGACCUCCAGAUAUAUGGCGUCAUCGUGACCAUACUGCUCUGCUUUAUUGUGUUUGGUGGUGUCAAAAUUAUCAACAAAGUUGCCCCUGCUUUCUUAAUACCAGUACUCUUUUCAAUACUCUGCAUUUACAUCGGUGUCCUCAAUGCUCCAAAGCUCAACGCUUCAAAGGGAAUCACUGGGUUGAGUAUGGCUACACUUCGUGACAACUGGAGUGCAGAGUACCAACGUACAAAUAAUGCUGGUGUUCCUGAUCCAAAUGGGUCUAUAUAUUGGGAUUUUAACACAUUGUUAGGUCUCUUUUUCCCAGCUGUUACAGGAAUCAUGGCUGGUUCAAACCGCUCCGCUUCACUGAAAGAUACACAACGAUCAAUACCAAUUGGAACAUUAAAUGCUACCCUUUUAACUACUGUGAUGUAUAUACUGUCUGUGUUUCUAUUCGGAGCCUUGGCUACAAGAGAAGAGCUUCUAACUGACAGGCUUCUAACUGCUACAGUCGCUUGGCCUGCUCCAGCAGUAAUUUACAUUGGUAUUAUCCUGUCCACUUUAGGUGCUGCACUACAGAGUCUAACAGGGGCUCCAAGGCUACUUGCAGCGAUAGCAAAUGAUGACAUUCUUCCUGUUCUUAAUUAUUUUAAGGCUUAUGAAGGAUCCGAGCCUCAUGUGGCAACUCUGUUUACAAGCUUCAUCUGUAUUGGUUGUGUUGUGAUUGGGAACUUAGAUCUCAUUACACCCACUAUCACUAUGUUUUUCCUUCUGUGCUAUGCUGGUGUCAACUUGUCUUGCUUUCUGCUUGACCUCCUCGAUGCUCCAAGUUGGCGUCCCCGAUGGAAACUUCACCAUUGGAGCCUUUCCCUCAUCGGAGCAUUGCUUUGUAUUGUUAUCAUGUUUAUGAUCUCUUGGGCAUUUACUGUGGUCUCUCUUGCCCUUGCAAGCCUCAUCUACUACUACGUCAGCUUAAAAGGGAAGGCUGGAGACUGGGGAGAUGGAUUUAAGAGUGCCUACUUUCAAUUGGCUCUGCGAAGUCUUCGGUCGCUGGGAGCAAAUCAAGUUCAUCCAAAGAACUGGUACCCUAUUCCUCUCAUAUUCUGCCGCCCUUGGGGCAAACUUCCAGAAAAUGUCCCUUGCCAUCCAAAGCUUGCAGAUUUUGCUAAUUUCAUGAAGAAAAAGGGUCGUGGUAUGUCCAUAUUUGUCUCUAUAAUCGAUGGCGACUAUCAUGAAUCAGCUGAGGAUGCAAAAACAGCCUGCCGUCAUCUAAGCACUUAUAUUGACUAUAAGCGUUGUGAGGGUGUUGCGGAGAUCAUCGUUGCUCCCUCAAUGUCUGAUGGUUUUCGCAGCAUUGUUCAGACAAUGGGCUUGGGAAACUUAAAGCCAAACAUUGUUGUUAUGCGUUACCCUGAAAUCUGGCGCCAUGAGAACCUGACACAAAUACCAUCAACAUUUGUCGGCAUUAUAAAUGAUUGCAUUAUUGCUAACAAAGCAGUUGUCACCGUCAAAGGACUUGAUGAGUGGCCUAAUGAGUACCAGAGACAGUAUGGGACCAUUGACCUAUACUGGAUUGUCAGGGAUGGAGGAUUAAUGCUUCUGCUGUCUCAGCUCCUGCUCACCAAAGACAGUUUUGAGAGCUGCAAGAUUCAGGUCUUCUGCAUAGCUGAAGAGGACAACGAAGCUGAGGAGCUAAAGGCUGACGUCAAAAAGUUUUUGUAUGAUCUUAGGAUGCGAGCUGAGGUUAUCGUCAUUACUAUGAAAUCAUUUGAAGCACACGUUGAGAACGGUGGUGGUUCUUGGAAGGAUGACCCUCAAGAAGCUUUUACAAAUGCGCAGCGCAGAAUAGGAGUAUACCUUUCCGAGUUGAAGGAAACUGCACAAACAGAAGGGCGCCCCCUGAUGGAGGGUGGCAAGCAAGUCGUGGUUAAUGAACAGAAGGUGGACAAGUUCCUCUACACGAUGCUGAAGCUGAAUGCUACUAUCCUUAAGCAUUCCAGGAUGGCAGCUGUUGUGCUAGUGAGCCUCCCAGCGCCACCACUGAAUCACCCAGCCUACUGCUACAUGGAAUACAUGGAUCUGCUCGUAGAGAACGUUCCACGGAUGUUGAUUGUUAGGGGGUACAGAAGAGAUGUCGUCACACUUUUUACAUAACCUUGGAGGUUCUAGCUAGUGCCUGUGUUGGUGGUUGUAGCAUUGUAGGGUGAUGGCUGAGGAGAUGCUUCAUGGACCCCACUGCUGAAAUCAGAAGGCACCGACAUUAAAUCUGCAACAGAAUAUGUGGGAUGUCUUUCAGAUGAAUGCGUGCAUGGCAAUAGCUUCAUCUUGAAUUGAAGUCAUUCACAUGAAUAGAAAAUACAUAGAAAUUUUGCAGAAAAUCUAUUCUACGUAGAUAAAAGCUCCACUACUGAUUUUGUUUUUCCUUUAAAGAGUAAGCGUAGCAACAGCAGUUUCUGUUGUUUUCUAACCCUCAUUUAUGCCUUCUCUAAGUAUAAUCAUUUGGCUUCUUGUUUUGAGAGGACAAUAAUUACUCCUUCUAAUACUAAAUUCUUGACUCAAAUUUGUCCAAAUAUGUAUCUAUUCUUAAAAAGCGUCUA